UGUUGCCCCACGCUUUCUCAUGUCCCGGAUGCACCUACAUUUUAGUAGAGGAACAAAAAAAUGGGCUCGUUACCAAGCUUCACCAAACCGUUUAAAUUAUCCCCACACACGAUUAUUGUACACAUAUGAGGACCAGACCGCAGUUUUGAGAAGAGUCAACGUCCAUUGUCUCCGUGUCUGUAAAGUGAUUCAUGGCAUUGAAGAGAGUGAAGUUGGAGGCGAGAGUUGCGGGCCAAGUGUGUUGACACAGUUCAGGCUGCUUCACACUGCUGACAGGGCCUUCUGCCAUCCCCCUCACCCAUCAUCCAUCUAGUGAAGAGUGAUGACCUCACAGCAGCAUGGGAAUGCCAACCCUGCCCUCCUAUCACCACAGAACUCUUCAUCCAGUCAGGGCAGGCAACACAUUUCUCGUUCCCCGAUAGACUCGUAUUCCCGCUCAGGGCUUUCCUGUCCUCGGAGAGGCUGGGUUGCAGCUUCAUUAUCUCCAACAGCUCACGGUAACUCCCUUGCGCUCUCUCUAAGCCGAUUGGGUCCGGCGUCCUGCAGUAAUUCCUCCUUAUCACGGAGACCUGCAUCUGGCUGGGUGGAGCCGUGGCCGGAGGAGGCUGUGGAUGACACAUAUGGGCUUUACUCUCUUCACCGCAUGUUUGAUAUUGUGGGUGCGCAGCUGACGCACCGUGACGUACGUGUGUUGUCCUUCCUUUUUGUGGACGUUAUUGACGAGUACGAGAGAGGAGGGAUACGGAGCGGGCGAGAUUUCCUGCUUGCGCUGGAGCGUCAGGGGCGAUGUGACGAGACAAACUUCCGGCAUGUUCUUCAGCUGCUCCGCAUCAUCACUCGCCAUGACCUGCUGCCGUACGUUACGUUGCGCAAGAGACAGACAGUGUGCCCAGAUCCAGUGGAUAAAUAUCUGGAGGAGACAUCAGUCCGCUAUGUUUCUCCCAGAGGAGCAGGAGAGGCGCAGCAGGGAACUCCUCACAGAAGAACAGGAACCCAGCCAUUGAUCUGCUGUCCUCCAUCAGGACCCCAGGUGUGUCCACCACGUGCUAAACCCACCCCACCUCCACUGAACAGAAAAAGGAAGAGAUCUCACACGACAGCUGACUGCAGAGAAAAACAGACCUGUGACAUACGACUGAGAGUGCGUGCGGAGUACUGUCAGCACGAGUCGGCUCUACAAGGAAACGUCUUCUCCAACAAGCAGGAGGCGCUGGAGAGGCAGUUUGAGCGGUUCAACCAGGCCAACACCAUCCUCAAAUCCCGAGACCUGGGUUCCAUCAUAUGUGACAUCAAGUUUUCAGAGCUGACCUACCUGGACGCCUUCUGGCGGGACUACAUCAACGGCUCACUAUUGGAAGCCCUGAAGGGCGUUUUCAUCACGGACUCUCUGAAGCAGGCAGUGGGCCACGAGGCCAUUAAGCUCCUGGUGAAUGUGGAUGAGGAAGACUAUCAAGCUGGCAGGAGGAAGUUGCUGAGGAACCUAGUGGCAGGAGGUGCCACUGCAGGGACGGGGAGUAGGGAUGGUCUCUUGUCCUAGUGGUGGGAUUGACUCGAGAAAGAAAUGGAAUUGCUACUUUUUGGAGAAGUGAGAUGAGUAUUCUCAAAGUGACACAGUAGAACAGAUGAAGAUGGAGCACUUUAUUUUUUACUCUCUCUCAAGCGUUUCACCUAUUGUAACCAUAUAUAGUGAUACCAUUCCAAAAUGUAGGAGAUGUUCGGCAUCAUUGGUCAUCUGUCGCAUUAUGACUCUGAUUUCUGAAUUAUUUUAUUUUUGUUGACCAUGCCGCUGGUUGUGUUAAGUGAAAUAUUUAUGUGCAAAAUAGACAGCUGGUUCAUUCAAUGUCUGUACAAAUC